AUGUGGGAAGUUUUUAAGCAAGUAAAAAUCAAUAUCCCGUUGUUAGAUGCAAUAAAACAGGUUCCAGCUUACGCUAGGUAUUUGAAGGACGUGUGCACCCAAAAGUGGCAAAACAAAUUUCCAAAGAAAAUCGAUUUAACCGAAAAUGUUAGUGCCGUUUUGUCGGUUGCCAUUCCUCCUAAACUCCGAGAUCCAGGUGCUCCGUUAAUACCCAUUCAAGUGGGUGACUUUAAAAUGAGUCGGGCACCGCUGGAUUUGGGAGCGAGUGUGAGUAUUCUCCCGGGGAGUCUUUAUGAUCAAUAUGAUUUCGGACCAUUACAGAGAGCCGACACCACAGUAGUGUUGGCCGACUUGACUUUGAAAUUACCCCGGGGAAUCAUGUGUGAUUUCAUUGUCAAAGUAGAGGACUUUUACUACCUAGUUGACUUCUUGGUUUUAGACUAUGUCUCAAUUGAUAAAACUAAACAACCUAACGUUAUACUCGGUAGACCAUUUUUAGCAACUGCCAACGCUUUAAUUGAUUGCAGAAAUGGAACAGUUGACAUGACCUUUGGUAAUAGGAAAGUCCAAUUAAACGUGUUUUCCCAUGCAUCUGAUUCUCUGGUUAGUGGUGAAUGCUUCAUGGCGGACAUCAUUGACGAGUGUCAUCCUCAUGAAAAUGGGGUAAACACAACAGAGACGUGUGUUAUUUGUGACAGGGAACAGGCUAAAUUGUUGGAAUGCUUUAAUGAAGCCGAAAAGGAAUUGGAGGUGAUGGCAAUUAAAGACGGGAGACCCACUUGGACUCAUCAAGUGGAAAGUCUACCCGAGCACAUCGAUACGCAUAUGAAGCCAUCAUUGGAAUCACCUCCAUAA